AUGCAGAAACAGCCGCCGACGCAACCACGGCAUCACCCACCACAACAUAUAGCACAGCAACAGCAGCAACAGCAACAGCUGGACUCGAGGACUCCCAACGACACUCUCGCCGCUACUGCUAGGAUGGCUGGAGGCGAUCCGCGCAACAGAGCCCCGCUUCCUGUUCCUGGAGGUCAUGGCCCAUUCCCACAGAACGAGAAUGGACGUAACAUAGCACCGUUUGAUAUGGCACGCAGCCCGCCAAACCCGCCCGCCGGCAAGAAUACUAAGCAUGUUCCUUGCAAGUUCUUCCGCCAGGGAACUUGUCAGGCCGGCCCGGCGUGCCCGUUCCUACAUUCCACAGACAACACUAUCGAUUCCGCGCCGUGCAAAUACUUUACAAAGGUGAUAAUCCGCGGAAACUGCAAAUUUGGAGCAAAGUGUGCCCUCGCGCACAUCCUGCCCGACGGACGACGGGUGAACCGGCCCAGUGUCGGCUUAGGAGGGAACCUCAAUCUCGGCGGGCGAGUCCAUCCGCCACCUUACCACGCACAAGACUCAGCUCUAGCAAACUCGCUUCUCUCACAGCAACAAGUCAACGGGCACACCGCGCGAUACUCAUACCCCUUCGCCUCCCAAGAUGAAAUGCAACUUCUACCCCCACACGCUCAGCAACUUCAGCAGCAGCAACAACAGCAGCAGCAGCAGCAACAUCCAUAUGGACACCACCAAUACGAUGGUUCGAUCCCAGUUAUUGAUGCCGGACUAGUAUCUGAUUCAGGCUCCAAAUAUGGCUCCCCUCCUGAAGAAGCCCGCCUCCCCAUGUCUCCCAUCGGCCGCACCGCUCUCGAUGCCCCUUUGCCCGCCUCUUUCGACAGCCAAGGCAUAUCUCACAUGGCGCGGUAUGGUCCUGUUGCAGCUUCGAUGCCGUCGAAAUUCAGUCUAGACUUCUCUCCCUCGCCUUCUCAUUCUCACCGACCUAAUGCCGCCCCCGACGUCCUCCGCAGUCUGCAUGAUACGGCCUUUGGCUUGGAUAGGAAACCACUUGGACUCGGUUCCUCUCCUCCUGUUGUCAGUGCAGAUGAAGGCUCCAGUUUCCGUGUAAUGCACUCGCAGCGUGUGCCCCGCCAACGCAUCCUAUCCGCAAGUGUUCCCCGCCCUACCGUUCUUGACGACUGGGAGGACAACUUCACCAUGGAGGAAGACUAUCUCCCGACGAACCUACAUGACGAUGUACUUACUCCGCAAGAGCGCAUGCGCCGGCUCUCUCGCACAGAACAAGACUUAUCAAGCAGCAGCAAGGACCCCUCCGGGCUCGGCAUAGGCAUUGGAAUCGGGGCAUCUACCAAGGUGGGCUCCCCACUAGCGUCCAGCCCGUCACGGUUUGGUGCACUAUUUGCCAAACAGCGUCAGCGGAAGGAAGAAGAAGCCCAGGCUGCGCUCGCCCAAAACGGACACGUCGGCUCGCCGCUACGCGAAUCUGUACUCGGAUCACGCACAUCUGCAGGCACCAUCCGACCCAUCGGCAGUUUGCCCGGAUCUGGCGACAUCUCACCCUUUGUUGCUAGUCCUCGUCAAUCUUCAAUGUCUAUGAUCUCCGAACAGCUAGGCAGCACAUCACUUCACCCUAGCUCUGCACGCGCGCCAACAAGCAACCCCCGUCUUGAACGCAACGUAUCUUCACCCGUGAGCACGGGCCGAAUCGACGAGGAGCAAGGUGACCUGGUAUUCUCUAUGGAAGAAGAGGAAAGUAAUAAGCGAAGUAGCGCAUCUUGGGGCGCUAACAAGGGAGCUGCAGUCAGCGAGGGUGAAAAGAGUGCUAAUACAAAGGCGUCAACGGCUGGUCAGGAUAAAAAGGACGGGAACGGAAAAUCUUACCUAAAAAUGGAGUCUUUGUAUGGAAAUCGAUCUUGA